UAAAUAAAUAAAUAAAAUCAGAACUCUAAUAAACCCUAAAAAAGAUCAGAGCUCAGUGCAUGUUCUUAAAUGGCCAACCUGUUUUCUUCUUCUUCUUCUUCUUCUUCUUCUUCUUCUUCUUCUUCUUCUUCUGGUUUUUCUCUUUCAAUUCAAGCUCCAAAAAUGGUGGAAAAGAAGGCCAAAAUUGUCAUUAUUGGCGCCGGAAUGGCGGGGCUCAUGGCGGCGAAUAAGCUCUACACGGCGCCGGGUUCCAAAGAUUUGUUUGAUAUCGCCGUCGUGGAGGGUGGUGGAAGAAUCGGCGGCAGAAUCAACACGGCCGAGUUUAUGGGUGAGAGAAUAGAGAUGGGUGCCACGUGGAUCCAUGGAAUCGGCGGCAGCCCAAUUCAUGAAAUAGCCGAUCGAAUCGGUGCUCUGAACUCCGACCAGCCAUGGGAGUGCAUGGACGGCUACUCCGGUCAAUCAACCACCGUUGCAGAAGGCGGAGUUGAGCUCUCACCGGCCACCGUCGACCCCAUUUCUACUCUCUUCAAAAACCUUAUGGAUUUCGCUCAGGGAAAAAUCGCCGGGGAAUCCAAUAUUCUCCACCAAGGUAAUUACGACAAACUCAGCGUCGGUGCUUUUCUCCGGCAAGGGCUCGAGUCGUACUGGCUUAGUAGAAAUGGCGUAACGGAGGUCAAUGGGUGUGGAGAAUGGAGCCAAAAAGCCCUCGAGGAAGCCAUUUUCGCCAUGUAUGAAAACAACCAAAGAACUUACACCUCAGCCGGCGAGCUCUCCACGUUGGAUUUCGUGGCGGAAAGUGAGUACCAAAUGUUCCCCGGCGAGGAAAUCACCAUCGCCAAAGGCUACUUGAGCGUAAUCGAAUCAAUCGCCUCUGUUCUCCCCCCUGGUUUAGUCCAAUUGGGCAAAAAAGUCACCAAAAUCGAAUGGAACCCCGAACCGGAAUCUCGGAAUAUUCCAACUCCGGUAACGCUGCAUUUCGCCGACGGCUCCCAUACAUCGGCCGAUCACGUAAUCGUCACCGUUUCACUCGGCGUUCUAAAGGCUGGUACUCGGGAAGAUUCAGCUCUGUUUAACCCUCCGUUACCGUCGUUUAAAACAGAGGCGAUUUCCCGGCUGGGAUUCGGCGUCGUUAACAAGCUCUUUCUCCGGCUAUCACAGCCGGCGAACGACGGUGAUAAUCCCAAGAGUAACAACAAAUUCCCUUGCCUAAAUUUCGUUUUCCACCAGCCGGAUUCUGAGUUCCGGCGGAAAAAAAUACCAUGGUGGAUGAGAAAAAUCACAACUCUGCAACCAAUCUACCAGAAUUCAUCGAUUUUAUUAUCAUGGUUCGCCGGAGAAGAAGCUCUUCAGCUGGAGAAACUCAAAGACGAAGAAAUCAUCAAUGGAGUUUCAACAACAAUCAGCAACUUCCUAAUUCCCAGAUCCCAAAACGAAAACUCAGAAUCAGACUCCAAUGGGUGGAGUAACGGCCACAGAAACCGAAACGACACCGUUGAAUUCCAAUUGAAUCAAGUCUUGAAGAGCCAAUGGGGGAGCGAUCCGCUGUUUCAAGGCUCGUACUCAUAUGUUGCAGUGGGAUCAAGCGGCGAAGAUUUGGACGCGAUGGCAGAGCCAUUGCCAAGAACAGAGGAAUCCCCAAAAGCUCCAUUACUUCAGAUUCUGUUUGCAGGUGAAGCAACGCACAGAACCCAUUAUUCCACCACACAUGGAGCCUAUUUCAGUGGCCUUAGAGAGGCCAAUAGGUUGCUUCAUCAUUACAAUUGCAUUUGAAUUUAUCUUUUUUUUUUUUUGGGUUUUUAAGAAGGAGAAAAAAACGAGGGUAUCAGAUGUCUUUUCACUUUCAUUUUAUUUUAUUGGGUAUUUACAAAUUAUCUA